UAUUGUAUAUGUUCCAGGUUCAAAGAUAAUAGAGCUUAUCCUUGGCCAGGUGGUGAGAGUUAUUUUAUCCUUUAUCCGGAAAGCGCGAAUCAAACAAUUUACACGCAAGAUGUUAGACCCUCGGAUGCUGGACGUUAUUCCUGUCAAGCGAGAAACGACACGACAAUCUUGGAAGGUGACAUCACCCUCACCGUACUUGGUGAGGAGCCAGUUGGAUACUUGGGGAAACCAUUACCCACUUACAAACCAGCAUCGCAAUUGGUUCCUUUGGGUGAUGCUGCAAGGUUAUUUUGCGAAGCUUAUGUUGGUAGAAUAAGACUACCUGAUGCCAAAAAUUCCGUGAUCUGGUCGAAAACCAACAGCAACGUAACAUUACCAACUCAUGGUAGGAUAGCACAGUAUCCGGUAUCAAGGGAAAACAAUCAAAUCAUCGGUAGCUAUCUGGAAAUCAAAGAUAUGUCUGUGGAAGAUUAUGGCGAAUAUGUUUGCGAAAUUAGCAAUGGUCUCGAUGAAGUUAUGGCUUUUCCUGCUCACAUUUAUCGUAAAGAGCCACAAUUCACGUUUGAACUUCCAAGCAAUUUAUGGAGGAAGCCUUUACUUAUCACCGUUCUGAGUCUGGUACUUCUACUUUCUGCUGUUGCCUUCUAUGCCCGUUGUUGGUUACCUCUGCUGCUUUACCUUCGCGACAAAUUUGCCCGCCUCGAGAAGGACGAUGGAAAGGAAUGCGACGCGAUUGUAUGCUACCACGAGAAAGACUCGAGCUUUGCCAUUGGUAUCAUCGUACCCACUCUUGAGUCAAGACAUCGAUAUAAAUGCACCACCUUGGAACUCACCUGCCUCACUAAGAACUGGACUUCGGAAAUUGGACCUCACGUUAAUACAGCAAGGCGUAUAAUCGUGGUUCUGAGUCCAGGAUCGUUAGGUGACGUUUGGACAGAGUCAAGCGUCCUACCAAUUUUGAAACAGCUUGCUGGUUUAUCGACAAGAACAAUCGCAGUGAUCUUGAAGGAACUACCGAAUACCACGGCGAUGGGAAAACCAUCAUCGAGACGAGGUGAUAGGUCGGACAGUAACUUUGUACUAUUCGAUCGUUUGAAAAUCCUUCGAUGGGAGGAACCAAAUAACAAUCCCCCAAUUGAUAAAUCUCUUAAUCCACUUUCCUCAACGUCGUCGUUCUCAUUCUCUUCAACAAAUUUUCUCACGUCCGGCAAUCGUCGUAAGUUUUGGUACGAACUAAGACUCGCAAUGCCUCCUAUAAGACCAAUAGGAAACGAGAGUACCUGCCAAUCAGUUGCAAUGAUCGUACAAUCGAACGGCAAGUGCGGACAACAGAAGGCACGUUCGCGUGAGAGUCUCGAGGUUCUUGUUUAAUUAAAUCCUACCCUUCACCCUUCACCCUAUUUUUAUUCCUUCUUUUCUUCCUUUCUCUUUACUACACGCUCCGAUUCAAAUCUUUCAUCUCUAUUACUUUUAUUAAUUAUGAUGAUUAUUAUUAUUAUUAUUAUUGCUAUUAUUUUAUUUUUAUUAUCUCUCUCUUUCUCUUUUUCUCUCUAACAAAGUAUCAACAUAAGAAUAACGAAUAAAAAAAGAGACUAUGUUUCGUCGAGUCAUUUAAAAUGCUACCACUAGUAGAAUUGGUAAUUUUGUAACUGAAAAUUUGUAAAAUGAAAAAUUAGAAAAUUCGUUAACUUUUUGAUCGAAGUGUUGAAGAUACAAGAAAAAACAAAAAAGAAAUAUUAGCAGGGCAGGAUCCCUAUAAAAUUCUUUUAUCGUAUCGAAAACGCAAUAUAUACUCUUAUUUAUUAACUUUAAACUUUAUUCUAUCCUAUAAAUAUUCCAAUUUAUAUGUAGAUACAUACCGUUGGCUACUCGUUUCAAGAAAGUAAAUUUCACGAGCUUUUUGAUAAUAUCAAUAUCAAAAUAUGUAUUU